AUGAAACGGCUUAAGCUAGACAUUCUUCUUCUUCUUCUUCUUCCUUUUUUCUUUUUCUUCUUUUUCUCCUUCUUUUUCUUGUUAUUUUUUCUUUUCCUCUUUUCUCCUUUUUCUUCUUCUUUUUUCUUCUUCUUCCUUUCCUUGUUUCUUUUCCUAUUCCUUUUCCUUAUUUUUCUCCUUUUUCUACUUCUUUUUCUUUUCCUCCUUUCUCUUUCUUCUUCUUUUUCUUCUUUUUCAUUUUCUUUUUCUUCUUUUUCUUUUCUCCUUUUUCUUUUUCUCCUUUUUCUUCCUUUUUUUCAUUUUCUACUUUUCUUCUUUUUCUUGUUUCUUCUUAUUAUUUUUUAUUAUUUUUCUUCAUUUUCUUUUUCUUCUACUGUUUCUUUCUCUUUUCCUCUUUUUCUCCUUCUUUUUCUUUUUCCUUUCCUUGUUUCUUCUUUUUCUUCUUCUUUUCCUCUUUCUUCCUUUUUUCUUUUUCUACUUUUCUUCUUCUUCUUCUUCUUCUUUGUGUCCCUUUAG